CAACGUAAGGGGCCCAAUCACGUGACUGCCCUACCUAACGGACUCGUCAAUCCUAACAUCUGUAACGGUUCCAUCUUCUCAAAUGCAGUGCAUUAACGGCGAAAACCCACAAGCGUUACCUUUCACGUCGUUCCAUACCCUAACUAACGUCCACCCAUGGCUUCUUGUGACGACGAUUUCUCACUCCUCGGUGACGAUAACGCCACCGUCACCGUCACUCCUACCACCACCACGGCCCACACUUCCAAUCCUACUUACCACCACCACCAUCAACCUUUCUCCCACCGUUACAAGCCGGCGCAAAUCCACGCCCCGCCUAUCUCUAGCGGUAGUCCGAAAAACAUCUCCGGCGAUGAAGAUGGUGACGGAUACAGCGACAAUAACAACACGCCGUCGUAUCAUAUCGGAGUGAAUCCGUACGAUACCGAUUCAAAUCCGUUCGAAAACGACGGUGACGUUAACAGAUCGAGGCUCAAUCAAUCAAACGACAACAAACGAACGGAUCGAGAGGAUAUCAGCGAUAACGGAACGCCGUACAAUUACAAAAGAUCAAAAAUCACCUGCUCCUCCGCCGCCUCCGGCGGCAGCGGAGAGUACCGGAAGGACAGAGAAGAAUGGAGCGAUACGGCAAUAGCAUGUUUAUUAGAGGCGUACAUGGAGAAGUUUGUGCAAUUGAAUCGAGGAAAUUUGAGAGGUAGAGAUUGGGAAGAAGUGGCGGCGAUGGUGAGCGAAAGGUGUGAGAAGCAAUCGAAGAGUGUGGAACAGUGUAAGAAUAAAGUUGAUAAUUUGAAGAAGAGGUAUAAAUUGGAAAGACAUCGGAUGAGUAACGGCGGAAUCACGAUGAGUCAUUGGCCCUGGUUCAAGCAAAUGGAGCAAAUUGUUGGAAAUUCAGUAUCAGGAAAAGCUACAUCUACAUCUGAAGAGGACAAAGCCAUUGUUGCAGUUACCAACUCUGGCACUAGCAGACAAUCUAAACGAUAUGGAACAGCAGUGCCUGGUCCCAGUGGACAGAUUGUAAAGUCAAAAUCUUCUAUGGGUCCAAGGUGGAGAAGGGUAGUUCUUAAAAUUAGUGGUGCUGCACUAGCUGGAGUCACACCAAACACUAAUGAUCCAAACAACCUUGAUCCAAAGGUGGCCAUGCUAGUUGCUAGGGAAGUCUCAAUAGCUUGCCGUCUUGGUAUAGAGGUGGCAAUAGUUGUUGGCGGACGCAAUUUCUUUUGCGGAGACACAUGGGUAACUUCAACUGGAUUGGAUAGAUGUACUGCCUAUCAAAUUGGAAUGAUGGCAACUAUGAUGAACUCGAUACUGCUGCAGUCGGCAUUAGAGAAGUUGGGUGUGCAGACUCGUGUGCAAAGUGCAUUUUCCAUGCCUGAGCUUGCCGAGCCAUACAGUAGGCAACGGGCUAUGCGGCAUCUUGAAAAAGGUAGAGUUGUGAUCUUCGGUGGUAUUGGAGCUGGCACAGGGAAUCCACUCUUCUCUACUGAUACAGCUGCAGCACUCAGAGCUUCUGAAAUUCAUGCCGAUGCACUACUCAAGGGUACAAAUGUAGAAGGUGUCGAUGUUUGUGACUCCCGAAAUAGUAAUGUUGCUGCUGAGCAUAUUUCCUUUAGGGAGCUGGUUUCCGGAGGUGCUUCCCCAUUGGAUUUGAUGGCUGUUACAUUAUGCGAGGAGAAUGCAAUUCCUGUUGUUAUUUUCAAUCUUCAUGGGCCUGGAAAUAUAUCAAGAGCGUUAUGUGGAGAGCAGGUGGGUACACUGAUUGAUCAGACAGGAAGGGUUAGCUAACAUUUUCUUGAUAUAUGUAUGGCAUUUUCCUUCAUCUUACGUGGAACUCUGAGGUUAAUUUAUAAAAGAAAGAGAUUCAGAGGGAGCAGCAUUGAGGCUGCCAUGGCCAUGGAGUUUCCUAGUGGAACGCCCUGAUUUAUACUCGAGAGGCAACAAGUUGAGAGAAGUGCAGCUUGCCUUGUAUAACAUGGGAAGACGAUAAUUUGAUCUUACUUAAAACAGAUUAUUACACAGAUUAAGAUAUAUCCUACUUCAUGGAAUCGAUGAGUUAUCUGUUGUAGCGUAGAUCUAUAGGAUGGAUUAAACAUGUGUAGUGAGAUAAGUUAUUGUUGUAGAAGGCAGGAAAGCAACAGGAAGUUGUUGUUUGGGAGAUUGGGAGAGGCCAAACUCAUUAUAAAUUGGCAUUUCCAUGCCUUACUCA